UCCGCCGGCGCAAAUCAAGCCAUCGGCGUCCCGUUUAGUUCGUCCCUCUCGCAUGAAGGGCACGGCACCGACCUGAGAAAUCGCUGGGCAUCAAAAACCCUAGGCACGGAGCGCUCGCCUCCCUUCCCAUGCCCUCGCCGUCGCCGCCAUGAGCCUCUCCUCUCUGCCCCGCGCCCUCUCCCGAUCACGUCAGGGUUCUCUGCUAGGGGGUCAUGGCGGGUUUCGCGCGCCAUUGCCGUCGCCUCCACCGCCACCCCUGCUCGACUCUGCGAGCGGGGGGUUGGGGUUUGUGCGUCGUUACUUGACGUCCGCUCUGGUCCACCGGUCUGCGGCCGCCAAUGCACCUGGGAAGGUCGGGGACUGGAGGUCCCUGCUUGCCAACUCGCAGUCCAGGCGUCUUUUCUGCGACCAGUCGAAAAAGAAUUACGACAAGUCCUGUCCAAAUGGGAAGGAGGAGCCGAAAGGGGAUGGGAGCGACAAGUCCGAAUCAAAGCAGAAGUUCAAUUCAGGUUCUCAGUGGAAUUUCCAGGAAAAACUUGAUAAGCUAUUCCGAUUCCUUGCUCCUGUGUUCCUCCUUGAACUAAUACUAUCAACCUUACCACUCAGUACAGCGCAGCAUGAGAUAAGCUUCCAAGAAUUUAAGAACAAGUUGUUAGAACCUGGGUUAGUUGACCACAUUGUUGUUUCAAACAAAGAAGUUGCAAAAGUGUAUGUCAGAAGUUCACCUUUAACCAAGCAAAAUCAGGAUAGUGAUAUACAUAUCACUACCAAUCAUCUCCCUGGGAAAGAGGCACCGAGCAUAUACAAGUAUUACUUUAAUAUUGGGAGUGUCGAUUCUUUCGAAGAAAAGUUGAAAGAGGCCCAGGAAGCAUUGGGGAUAGAUCGACAUGAUUAUAUUCCAGUAACUUAUGGUCCUGCUGAAGUAAGUUGGUUCCAGGAAAUCCUGAAGUUAGCCCCAACAGUUAUUAUCCUUGGGUUGCUAUAUGUGGUGGGGAAAGGGAUGCAGAGUGGAUUUAGUAUUGGUGGUGGUUCUGGGAAAGGAGGCCGUAGUAUUUUCAAUAUUGGAAAAGUUCAAGUGACAAAGAUGGACAAAAAUUCCAAAGACAAGGUUUUCUUUAAGGAUGUAGUUGGCUGUGAUGAAGCCAAACAAGAAAUCAUGGAAUUUGUUCAUUUCCUGAAAAAUCCCAAGAAAUAUGAAGAACUGGGAGCUAAAAUACCAAAGGGUGCUCUUCUUGUAGGUCCUCCUGGCACAGGAAAGACUCUCCUUGCUAAAGCUACUGCUGGAGAGUCUGGUGUACCUUUCUUGUCUAUUUCUGGUUCAGACUUUAUGAAAAUGUUUGUUGGUGUUGGACCAUCCAGGGUUAUUAGCAAAAUGGAGCGUCUAACUGUUGCUUACCAUGAAUCUGGUCAUGCUGUUGCCGGAUGGUUUUUGGAGCAUGCAGAACUACUCCUUAAAGUCACAAUUGUACCUCGUGGAACAGCUGCUUUAGGCUUUGCUCAGUACGUUCAAAAUGACAAUCUUUUGAUGACAAAAGAACAACUUUUUGACAUGACAUGCAUGACACUAGGUGGCCGAGCGGCUGAGGAGGUUUUGAUUGGGAAGAUCUCCACUGGUGCUCAGAAUGAUCUGGAGAAGGUUACUAAAAUGACUUAUGCCCAGGUUGCAUUAUACGGUUUCAGUGAAAAGGUUGGGCUUCUUUCUUUCCCUCAAAGGGAUGAUGGUUUUGAAAUGAACAAGCCAUAUAGCAGUCAGACAGCAUCCAUCAUUGACACUGAGGUGAGGGAAUGGGUUGCUGAGGCCUACAAACACACAAUUGAGCUGAUAAAGAAGCACAAGGAACAAGUGGCGCAGAUUGCAGAGCUGCUGCUUGAGAAGGAGGUCCUUCACCAGGAUGAUCUAGUUCGGGUUCUAGGGGAACGCCCAUUUAAGACAGUCGAACCAAUAAAUUAUGAUCGCUUCAAACAUGGUUUCAUAGAUGCAGAUAACAAUAAGAGUACGGAAGUUGAUCCAUCAUCAUCCCUUGGCGAGGCUGUCCCAACAUAACAUGGACAAUGUUGUAGCUGUGUUGCACGUAUAGAUUUCAGUAUUUUCUUUGGCAUGAGAGAUGCUGUACAUAGGAAUGAUUUGCCAACUCAUGGAACUUAUUUUUGUGCAAACUGAAAUGACAUCGAAUUGAAGCAGGUGUCCCUGCUGUCA